AUGCUUGAUCCUAUAGUUGAUUCUGACUCAUCGCUUGAAGCUCUCAGUGAACGACUUGAAGCUUCCUUAUCCUUGAGGAAAGGUGGUUCGAAGAAACGUGAUAAUAGUGUAGGUGAAGCCAAUCAUGUAAUUACAGCCUGGAAGUUUAAUGAAUGGGAUUAUUAUAGAGAUUUGGUGCCUUGUAAAGCGAGAGGUUUAUUCACAUUGAAUAAUAAGAUUGUUACUCGAGGUUAUAAUAAGUUUUUUAACAUUGAUGAAGUUCAUGAAACCAAAAUGAGAGGCUUGAAGAAAACCACAGGUCCUUAUACUGUAACAGUGAAAGAGAAUGGUUGUAUUAUCUUUGUUAGUGGUUUAGAAGAUGGUACUAUAAUUGUAUGUUCUAAACAUUCUACAGGAAUCAGGGAUGAUUUGACUCGUAACCAUGCUUAUGAAGGUGAAGUACAGUUAAAGAAAUUACUUCAAGAACAAGGGAAACUGGUGGAAUCUUUGGCUAAACUUCUUCAUGAGGGAAAUAUAACUUUAGUUAUGGAAUUAUGUGAUGAUUCUUUUGAAGAACAUGUUUUGAGUUACAAAGGAAAGGAAGCCGGUUUAUAUUUACAUGGUAUAAAUUUCAAUACUAUUGAUUUCAAGACAUAUCCCAUGGAAGAUGUUGAAAAGUUUGCUAAAGAAUGGGGGUUUUUCCUGGUCAAAUGGUUUAAAUUUGAUGAUUUCACCACUUUGAUGGAUUAUCUUAAAGAUUGUGAAACUACUGGGUCCUGGAAUGGUAGAGAGAUCGAAGGUUUUGUUGUCAGAUGUAAAUUGAAAUCAGAAGAUUUCUUCUUCAAGUAUAAAUUCGAACAACCUUAUUUGAUUUAUAGACAUUUCAGAGAAGUCACUAAACAGUGGAUUAAUGAAAGACCCAUCAGUGACAUUCUUAAGAAGUACAAAGAUGAAAAAUUCAUCAUUUCCAAGUAUAUAGAAUUCAUCAGUAAUUAUUUCCAUGAGUUCCCUCAAGCCAAAGAAAGAUACUUACAGGGAUUUGGAAUCAUUUCCUUAAGAAAGUUGUUCUUAGAAUCCUAUGGUUUGGACAGUAUAUCUGCCAUGAACUUGUUCAAGAUCAAUGAAGAUUUGAAGAAAGCUGCUCCUAUGGAGGAACUAAAAAAUAAAUAUAUCAUUAUCCCAAUAGCUACUAUAGGGUGUGGUAAGACCACCAUAGCUAAAUGUUUAACGAAAUUAUUCCCCUGGGGACACAUUCAGAACGAUAAUAUUGGUUCCAAGGAUAAAACACAAUUGGUCAAUAGUUGUUUGAAAGAGUUAGAAACUAAAGAUUUAGUAUUUUGUGAUAGAAAUAAUCAUGUGAAGAGAAAUCGUGAACAGUUAUUCGACCAGUUUUAUGGAUUCAAAUUGAACUAUCAGUUAUCAAAAUAUUGUUUACACUUCAUAGCUUUGAAUUUUGUACCUCCAGGUACGGAUAAAAAGCAAUUGUUUGAUGUUACCAUGGAAAGAAUCGUAGCUCGUGGUGAUAAUCAUCAAUCCAUUAAGAGUACAAGUGAUCCUGAAUUGGCUGCCAAAGUUUUGAGAGGGUUCGUACUGAUGUUUCAACCUUUGUCGCCAAAAUAUGAACCCGAUAGUGAAUUCGAUGAAAUAAUAAAUGUUGACUUCAAUGUUUCAACUGAAGAUGCCCUUAAACAGGUGUUGGAACAAUUGGCUCAACAUGAGGAUUUGAUAAGAGAAAUGCCUAGUGAUGACCGAAUCACUGAAGCUAUUGCUUCAGCUCGUGCUUAUGUUCCAACCUAUACUAAAACUUUUGGUUCUAUGAGUAAGAGUAAGCGGAAAGUUGACUAUUUUGGAUUGAAAGUUCCCCAUCAACAAAUUAUCGACAUAUUAUCAACAGUUUCCCAUCCAUUAUUAACUCAAUUACAACAGGAUGAUAGAAUUCAAAAAGAGUUUCAUGUAACAUUAAUGCAUUCAAGUCAUCUGGGGAAAAAUCAAAGUGAAUGGAAGAAAUACCAUUCAACCGUCGGAACUAGAAAGGAUUCCCCCGAUGAUGAACAGAUAUGUACUACCACGAGAGAUAUAGAAUUGGUCAAUUUGGUAAUCAAUGAAAAGUUGAUCUGUAUCGAUGUUAAGGUUAAUUUACCAGGGUUUGAAAUUUUCAACCGUUUCCCCCACAUAACUAUCGGGACUUUAGACCCUAGUAUUAAGCCUUUUGAAUCAAAUUUGGUUCUUGAAAAACUCAAUAAUGACUCUUCAUCAUCAGAAAUCAUCCCUAUCAAUCAACCAUUGUCCAAUAAUCCUAUAUUUGCUCAUUAUCUUAGUAAAUAG